UUAAAACAUAAGUCUUUUUUUAUGGACAGAUGGACAAUACAACCUGGACCAGUGUAUCCCACUUUGUUCUCUUGGGCAUUUCUACCCACCAGGAAGAGAAGAUCCCACUCUUCCUUCUUUUUCUACUCAUGUAUGCCAUCAACGUCUCUGGCAACUUGGCCAUCAUCACACUGAUUGUCUCUACUCCACGCCUCCAAACCCCCAUGUACAUCUUCCUCAGCAACUUGGCCUUGGCUGACAUCUGCUCCACCUCCACCACGGUCCCCAAGAUGCUGCACAACAUUCUCUCUCCUACAAAGGCCAUUUCCUUCACAGGCUGCUUAGCUCAGACUUAUUUCUUCAUUUGCUUUGCAGCCAUGGAAAACUUCCUCCUGGCUGCGAUGGCCUAUGACAGAUACAUUGCAAUCUGCCACCCUUUCCGCUACCCUAUGGUUCUGAGCAGAAGGCUGUGUGUGCAGAUGGUGGCCCUGUGCCACAUCCUCUCCCACCUUCAUGCCCUGCUGCACACCCUUCUCAUGGGCCGACUGAUAUUCUGUGCAGACAAUAGGAUCCCUCAUUUCUUCUGUGACCUAUACCCUCUGAUGAAGAUCUCCUGCUCCAGCACCCACCUCAACACCUUGAUGAUUCACACAGAGGGGGUCAUUGUCAUCAAUGGAGCUCUGGCCUUCAUCAUUGCCUCCUAUGCCUGCAUCAUCUCAGUGGUCCUCCAGAGACCCUCAGCCAAGGGCAGGUGGAGAGCCUUUUCCACCUGUGGCUCCCACCUCACUGUGGUGGCUAUAUUCUAUGGUACCCUCACCUGGGUCUACUUCCGGCCCCCUCCCAGUUACUCAGUGGCCAGUGGUCGCAUCCUGACAGUCAUGUACACGGUGGUAACCCCCAUGCUGAACCCCUUCAUUUAUAGCCUGAGGAAUGGGGAUGUCAAGGGAGCCUUGAGAAAAUGGAUGAGCAGACUAUGCACUUCUUUAUUUAGAUAAAACCCCAAAACACCACUCCAAGUUUUCUCUACGAUUCUGGGAGAACAGUUUUGUCCUUCAGAUACCUGCUUCCUUUAGAAUGUCCCAGAAAUAUCUAAAUUAGGUCCAUACCGUGGUUUACUCACUGGAUAUUGUCCAGAGAUAACUCUUAAACCCAAAGCACAUGAAACUAUGUACUUAGUGUAAAACAGUACCAUGGUUUUAAUUAUAGCUGAGGGUAUUCUCUGAGACUGCCAUUUAACACCAGGAUUAUAACACUAAGAGGGUUUUUUAAUUUUAUUUUUUUAAUUUUUUUAUUAUGGUUGAUUUACAAUGUUCUGUCAAUUUCUGCUACACAGCAAAGUGACCCAGUCUUACAUAUAUUUACAUUCUUUUUCUCAUAUCAUCAUCUAUCAUGUCUCAUAACAAGAGAUUGGAUAUAGUUCCCUGUGCUACUCAGGGAACUUUACCCAUUUUAAAUGGAAUAGGUUGCAUCUACUAACCCCAAACUCCCAAUUCAUCCCAAUCCCUCCCCUUCCCCUUUGGAAACCUUUCAAG